CACCCACCCAAACUUAGCACCCGAUUUUUUAAUCAUCUAUUUAUCAAAACACCCAGUUCCAAAUUCAGCUGAAUUUCCGAUUCCUUGGUGCACUUGUCUCUGUCCAUCCACCAAUAUCAAUCUCCAUCUCUCUUCUUCCACUUCCUUCCCACCUCUUUCAGGUGAAGAAUAUAACCUUAAGUUAUACCAAAACCACUGAGGCAUUCAACAUUGUUAAAUAAAAGAGGGAGGGUACUAGUCUGCAGAGGCAGUGGGACUUCUGCGAGCUUUGUGUCCUCUCUCGUACCUGUCAAAUUACGGUUGUUGCUCCUAGCGCUCUUUUGGUUAUUACACAAGUGGAGCUUGGUUGGUUUCGGUCAAUGAGAGUGUGGAAUUGUUGCGGAGAUUUAUUUUGAAGCUGGCACAAUGGGUUCUGUUUGUUGUUGUUUGAAUGCUGAGGAGUUUGAAGAUUAUGUGAAUCCGAACAGUUCUGCAUAUAGGGAAUGUGUCUGUCUUCGUUGUUUUCUUCAGAACUUUCUAAAUGUGUAUACAUCAUUAUUCAGAAGAGGGGAAGUGCAUUCAAUCCCCUCAUCCAUUCAGGGGGCUGCAUCAAUGAAUUCCUCGGCAUCACUUGACAACUCCUUAUCUGACAUGUAUCAUUCACCUCCAAGGCCCUUGCCUUAUGAUGCUGACCCUAGAUACAUCCAGUUACAGCGGGAUGGUUUGAUUUCUAGGCGGGAGAAGGGCUCAAGCCACUCUCAUGAGGAGGCUGAACCUCUAAGAAGUGAUACUGAUGCAGAUUCUGAAAGUUUGAGUACAGGAGAAAAAUGGAAUGGCUCUGCUUGUGGAGAUGGGUCAAUAGAACAUCGUUCCAAGUCCUCAAUGAAGUUAUCAUCAGCCAAAGCCACAACUGGAGUUGGGAACUUCUAUACAUCAUCGGAGGAUGAGGAUGUUUGCCCAACAUGUCUUGAAGAAUACACGCCAGAAAACCCCAAAAUAAUGACAAAAUGCUCUCAUCAUUUUCACCUUGGUUGUAUAUAUGAAUGGAUGGAGAGAAGUGAAAGCUGCCCUGUUUGUGGCAAGGUAACAUUUUCUUUCAUAAUGAUGAUAAUCUGUAGGUGGUAAUGGCUUUUAGUUUUCAACUACAGUCAAAUAUUUGUGUUACUUUGUUACGUUAUAGGCAAAUUCCACCUUUGCCGAUAUAUUGCUAUGCAUCUUUCGUAUUUUAUGACUAGUGGAAAGAUAACUGUUCUAGUCUACUGCAGUCACAUGAAGGUUAGCUUUAGACGUUUUAACGAUUUAUUUUUGUUCCUGAAGUACUCGAAUAUCUUUUUCCCUCACAAACAUGCACAGACUCGAGCUGCUUGAUCAAGCAGUUUGGUUUUGUACUGUCGAUUAUAAAAAAUAAGACAGUCCAUCCAAAA